AGCGAGAGUAGCAGCUAGCAGCCGCGGCGGCGGCGCGUCGUUGCAGUUGCGCCAUCUGUCAGGAGCCGAGCCGGCGGGGAGGGGGCUGCCGCGGGAGAGGAGGAGGGGUCUCCGCGAGCUGAAGGCCGCCGAGACCCGCCCGUCUGCCGGCCGCGGGAGCCAAGGCGAGGCUGCCCUCGGAGUCGCGCGUCCUCCACCGUCCGUGCGCGCAGCGCUUCUCCCCGCGCACCGAGGACUCUCCGGGCGCACACAAAGCCUCCGCGGCGCCUGGAGGGAUCCGGCAGCCGGGCCGGGGACAUCCCGGCGCCGCCCCCUCCGCGCUCUCGGAGGCCCCCCGGCUCCCGGGCCCGCCGAGGAGCAGCCGGAGCCGCCUCGGCCGAGCUGGAGGAGGGCGGGGAGAGGACCAUGUGAAUGGGCUCCGGAGCCUGAGCGCCGCGCAGUUUUUUGAAGAAGCAGGAUGCUGAUCUAGUCGUGGAAAAAGACCAGUCCUAGAGCUGUUUUAGAAGACAUGUGGUGUAUAUAAAGUUUGUGAUAGUUGGGAGAAAUUUUGGAAUUUAGAUAAUGGGCUGUGUGCAAUGUAAGGACAAAGAAGCAACAAAACUGACGGAGGAGCGGGACGGCAGCCUGACCCAGAGCUCCGGGUACCGCUAUGGCACAGACCCCACUCCUCAGCACUACCCCAGCUUCGGCGUGACCUCCAUCCCAAACUACAACAACUUCCACGCGGCCGGGGGCCAAGGGCUCACCGUCUUUGGGGGUGUGAACUCUUCGUCUCAUACUGGGACCUUGCGGACGAGAGGAGGGACAGGAGUGACCCUGUUUGUGGCCCUUUAUGACUAUGAAGCACGGACAGAAGAUGACCUGAGUUUUCACAAAGGGGAAAAAUUUCAAAUAUUGAACAGCUCGGAAGGAGAUUGGUGGGAAGCACGCUCCUUGACCACUGGAGAGACGGGUUACAUUCCCAGCAAUUAUGUGGCCCCAGUUGACUCCAUCCAGGCAGAAGAGUGGUACUUUGGAAAACUUGGCCGAAAAGAUGCUGAGAGACAGCUUUUGUCCUUUGGAAACCCAAGAGGUACCUUUCUUAUCCGUGAGAGUGAAACCACCAAAGGUGCCUAUUCACUUUCCAUCCGUGAUUGGGAUGAUAUGAAAGGAGACCACGUCAAACAUUAUAAAAUUCGCAAACUUGACAAUGGCGGAUACUAUAUUACCACCCGGGCCCAGUUUGAAACACUUCAGCAGCUUGUACAGCAUUACUCAGAGAGAGCCGCAGGUCUCUGCUGCCGCCUAGUAGUUCCCUGUCACAAAGGGAUGCCGAGGCUUACCGAUCUGUCUGUCAAAACCAAAGAUGUCUGGGAAAUCCCUCGAGAAUCCCUGCAGCUGAUCAAGAGACUGGGAAAUGGGCAGUUUGGGGAAGUAUGGAUGGGUACCUGGAAUGGAAACACAAAAGUAGCCAUAAAGACUCUCAAACCAGGGACAAUGUCCCCUGAAUCCUUCCUCGAGGAAGCCCAGAUCAUGAAGAAGUUGAAGCAUGACAAAUUAGUCCAGCUCUACGCGGUGGUCUCUGAGGAGCCUAUCUACAUUGUCACCGAGUAUAUGAAUAAAGGAAGCUUACUUGAUUUCUUAAAAGACGGAGAAGGAAGAGCUCUGAAAUUACCAAAUCUUGUGGACAUGGCAGCACAGGUUGCUGCAGGAAUGGCUUACAUUGAGCGCAUGAAUUACAUCCACAGAGAUCUGCGAUCAGCAAACAUUCUGGUGGGGAAUGGACUAAUAUGCAAGAUUGCUGACUUUGGAUUGGCCCGAUUGAUCGAAGACAACGAGUACACAGCAAGACAAGGUGCAAAGUUCCCCAUCAAGUGGACAGCUCCAGAAGCAGCCCUGUAUGGGAGGUUCACAAUCAAGUCAGAUGUGUGGUCUUUUGGAAUCUUACUUACAGAGCUGGUCACCAAAGGAAGAGUGCCAUACCCAGGCAUGAACAACCGGGAGGUGCUGGAGCAGGUGGAGCGUGGCUACAGGAUGCCCUGUCCCCAGGACUGCCCCAUCUCUCUACACGAGCUCAUGAUCCACUGCUGGAAAAAGGACCCCGAAGAACGUCCCACCUUUGAGUACUUGCAGGGCUUCCUGGAAGACUACUUUACCGCAACAGAGCCCCAGUAUCAGCCUGGCGAAAACCUGUAAGACCUGGAUCUACAGAGAGAGGCCUUGCCAAGAGGCAUCCCCGACCCCUCCCCAUUAGCUUUCAGUUCCAUAGCCAGCUGCUCCCAGCAGCCAGAACCGUCCAGGAUCAGAUUGCAUGUGACUCUGAAGCAGACGAACUUCCACGGCCCUCAUUAAUGACACUUGUCCCCAAAUCCGAACCUCCUCCGUGAAGCAUACGAGACAGAACCUUGUUAUUUCUCAGACUAUGGAAAAUGCAUUGUAUCGAUGUUAUGUAAAAGGCCAAACCUCUGUUCAGUGUAAAUAGUUACUCCAGUGCCAACGACCCUAGUGCUUUCCUUUUUUUAAAAUGCAAAUCCUAUGUGAUUUUAACUCUGUCUUCACCUGAUUCAACUAAAAAAAAAGUAUUAUUUUCCAAAAGUGGCCUCUUUGUCUAAAACAAUAAAAUUUUUUUUCAUGUUUUAACAAAAAACAAUCAGGAUAGGUGUUCGUUUUUUGCUUUUUUAUAAAUAUGAAUAUAUAUAAUAUAUACAUCCCUGUACAUACAUCAUGUGGGUGCUGAUGUGGAGACUGGCCAACCUGGGCCUCAAAGCUGCGGACCCAGAGUGAGGAUUUUACUGCAAAAAUACUCAUAAAAGCACUGGUGUUACUCUGAAAACCAGUGACCUUCAUUUUUGACCUUUGGCCAAGCAUGAUUCUUUUUUAUUAACUUGGAUCAUAGUUUUUCGGUUCAUGACUGUACCUGUAGAUGGUUGUCACUUUGACUCUUUUCAGGACCCGCAAGCUGAAUUCACAAGUUCUGUUUCCAGUAUUUGCUUCGAUUUACUGCAAUAUGUUCUUGAAACUUAAAAGUGAGGAUAUGCGAACAAGCAACAGGCAAUACAACCGAGGGAACCAGAAGACAAAUACCACACAAACUUCUUGUAUAACAAUAUGAAUGCUGAAAUGUUUCAGAAGUUUUUUUUUAAUUUAAUAAGCCUUGUAACCACAUUUAAAUGGUCCAAAACCUAUAGCAUUGUAGUCACGGCAACCUGCUAAACUUUCUCAUACCACUAAAAUUUUAUGGGGAAGUUAGGGGCGGGGGGGGGCUGUACAUUUCACAUUGUAAAAUAAGUGUUUUAAAUGUCCUGUACUGCUAAUGAAAUGACUUUCUAUGUGUCCAAGAGUUCUCCAGUGGAAUAGCUAUGCACUACUUUACAUUUCAUGGAGAUGCACAAAAAAGAAAAACUAUUUCAUUUUUAGUUGCUGUUUGUACAAACCUUGAAUUACAUGUAUUUAACAACAAAUCAAAA